AGAGAUGAAGAACAUGACCAGAAUCAUCCGUUUUAUGCUUUAUGGUCUGUUUUUUUGUUCCUCGGUUUUCUCUAAUGAUGAUACACAGGUCUCCUGUCAGGUCAGCAAGACUUGUAUCUUACCCUGCAGUUUCACAGUUCAUGAUGAUGUUGUCAUCCACUGGAUUCAAGAGACUCCACCAGAGUCCUUGGUUCUAGAGACUCCACCAGAGUCCCGGGUUCAAGAGACUCCACCAGAGUCCCGGGUUCAAGAGACUCCACCAGAGUCCCGGGUUCAACAGACUCCACCAGAGUCCCGGGUUCAAGAGACUCCACCAGAGUCCCGGGUUCUAGAGACUCCACCAGAGUCCCGGGUUCUAGAGACUCCACCAGAGUCCCGGGUUCUAGAGACUCCACCAGAGUCCCGGGUUCAAGAGACUCCACCAGAGUCCCGGGUUCUAGAGACUCCACCAGAGUCCCGGGUUCUAGAGACUCCACCAGAGUCCCGGGUUCUAGAGACUCCACCAGAGUCCCGGGUUCUAGAGACUCCACCAGAGUCCCGGGUUCUAGAGACUCCACCAGAGUCCCGGGUUCUAGAGACUCCACCAGAGUCCCGGGUUCUAGAGACUCCACCAGAGUCCCGGGUUCUAGAGACUCCACCAGAGUCCCGGGUUCUAGAGACUCCACCAGAGUCCCGGGUUCACUCCUACUAUCACAAACAAGACCAACUGGGAGAGCAGCACCAGAGGUUCAGAGGAAGAACAUCUCUGUUUGAGGACCAGAUCUCCAGAGGAAACGCUUCCCUGCUGCUGAGAGGAGUGAAGGUUCAGGACCAGGGCAGAUAUCUGUGUAACGUCAGCACCAUCACUGGAAAUAAGGAGAACUUCAUCAACCUGAAUGUGACCGCUCCAGUCCAGCACGUCAACAUAGAACAGGUACAAAAUAAAAUCACCUGCAGCUCAGAGGGGAUCUAUCCUGAACCUGGACUCACCUGGACCACCGAUCCUCCAUCCAGCAUGAACAUGCAGAACCUGCAGAACCUGCAGAACCUGCAGAACCUGCAGAACCCACCAACAGUCCAGCAGACUGAACAGCAGCUUUACAGCAUCAGCAGCUCUCUGAUACUUUCAGACGGAGAUACUGACCUGGACUACAUCUGCACCGUCAGCACUCCAAACAGCAGCAGGAGAUCCAUUUUGCUUCAACCAGGUAGAAAUUACAUUUAAAUGUUUAUGUGGUGGCUCUCAGUGCCACUGUCAAGUUCCACUCAGUUGACUCCGAAAAG